AAAUGGCUCAGAGUUUCGAUUCUUGGUCGUCAGGAGGGUAUGAUUGGGGAAAUAGUGGUUUUGGCGAUAACACACAAUACCGCCAGGAUGAUCAGGGGUCUGAGCAUUACGGUGGCUAUAACAUCGAAAACACUCAAUCGUAUAAUUACUUCGAACCUGAACAACACUACGUCGAUAACAAUAAACAAAACCAAGGCUUCAUGAAUCCACAAAGUAAUUUCUACAAUAAUCAGUACUACACACCUGCUGAAGAUCCGAACUCACUAUAUGGACAAAUGGCUAUGAGUUCAAGCAGUUCACUUUCUACAGGGCGAAAAAGUGUGCUUUCAAAUUCAGCGUUUUCACCGAAUAAUUUUGACGAAGACGAGCCUCCAUUGCUUGAAGAAUUAGGCAUUAACUUCAGUCAUAUUCAACAGAAAACUCUUGCAGUUCUCCAUCCAACGAAAGCUGCUGAUCCAGCAGCAUGCCAAGACAACGAUCUGGCUGGGCCUUUGGUGUUUGCUCUGGCGUUUGGGGCCACAUUGCUCUUGGCUGGCAAAAUUCACUUCAAUUAUAUUUAUGGAAUCGGAGUUAUGGGAAGUCUGGGAAUGUAUAUGCUCCUAAAUCUGAUGUCGGUGGAUGGAUGUGGUUUCCUAGGAGUUGUCAGUGUGCUAGGAUACUGCCUCCUACCUAUGGUUGGACUGUCAUCAGUAGCUGUUUUCAUUUCUCUCAAGGGUUCAUUUGGCUUGAUAAUGAGCAUAUUAUGCGUCGGUUGGGCUAGUCUUGCAUCAAGUAAACUGUUCGUUUCGGCAUUGACAAUGAAUGGACAACAGAUGCUGGUUGCCUAUCCAUGCGCACUGGUUUAUGGAGUCUUCGCUUUAUUAACUGUAUUUUGACGUAUUUGUAAAUAAUUAAAUCACAUUUUGGGUGCUGCAAUGUAAGCUCGUUAAUAACUUCAAAAAUUAGUUUUAAAUUGAUGUUGGA